GGAUAGCUGAUGGAUCGAAAUCUCAAAAACAAAUGAAUUUUGCUGUGUAAAUAAAAUAAAUAUACGUUUCCCUUGUAAUUUUAACAAUUCAAACAACUCGUCGGGUUAGUUUUCGGUGGCGCAGGGAUUCGACAAUGCCAUUACUUGAUCCAGUUGAGCAACAAUGUCGUUUGUAGCAAAAAUCGCUAAAAAUCAAAAACAGCAACAACCAUGUCGUUUGUGUCUACACUACACCGUGGAGGAUGUGGACAGUCCGGAACCGAUGAUAGAUAUUUUCGCCACGGACGAUCCGAUCGGAGGCACGCUAAACGAUAAGAUUCGCGAUUGUCUGGGUAUAUUCAUUGCUCCGUCCGACGACGACGACAGGACGGUGCGGUUCGUCUGUUCUAGCUGUGCGCGAACCGUGGAACUGAUCGACGAAUUCCGCAUUCUUUGCCACCAGACGGCUGAGAUGUACGACUCGAUACGGAUACGGUCUUCGAAAGCGAGCGAACAGCGGAAACAGUACUGCGCUGCGGUUAGCACGCUUCGUGCUUGUAUCUGGGAAGUACAGUGUGCGGUCGAUGAAGCUUUGUGCAAAACGAAAUCUGAGGACAACAGCGUUGACCCCGGUGAUGUUAAGCUUGAAAGCGAUCUGGAAAGUCCGCCGCCCUCCAUCAAGUCCGAUACAGAAAGCAAUUGUGAGCAGCCGGUGGAAUUCAAUGAUCUGUCGGGCGCUGGCGCCGAUCCGGGUAUUGAUUUUGUGGCGGUUAAAAUUGAAGCACUGGAUCCAGUAGAACUGGAAACUCCCACUAUUGAGCCCAUUGCAGCAACCGAAGAAAGCAGUGAUUGUAGUGAACGUUUGACCGGCACCUUGAAAAUGGCCAUUGUGAAGGAAGUAAAACAACGUCCGGAACUAUGGGACAUAACAUUGGCUAGCUCAGCUGAAACAAUCAGCAAAAUGUGGGCUGAGUUGGCACGUAAAUAUGGGCUGGAGGUUGGAACACUUCGGCGCCAUUGGCGCCGUAUUCGAGAGGGCUACCGGGACCUACAAAGGCGUGAGUCAAUCGGAGAUAAUUUGUUCCUGGAAGACGCGACUACUGCGGAAUUGUUUCAACUGUGUAAACACAUGUUUGAUAGUGCUUUGAAACAACCACUGCCAAGCGAGCAGCUUAAAAUAGCAGAAAACGUUAAUUCCGUUGCGUCAAAUGAGAACCAGCAGAGGGUGGAUUACCUGCGAGUUAUGUACAAGCAUCCAGUUAUUUGGAACGUUAAGCAUAUCGACUAUCCACGCCGAGACUCACGUGAGCAUGCUUGGGAUCAAAUUAGCAAAGAAUUGAACGUGCCUUGCGAGGAUGCUAAACGCACUUGGAGAAAUUUACGCGACAUGUACAGGGUUCGUGCUAGGCGUUUGGCAAGAGGUAAACUGCCCAAGGAUGAGUCCUUCGCAAAUGGUCCGUUUUUCAAACUGCUAGACGAAAUGGUGAAGUGUUAUCCGGCUCGAGGUAUUUCUAAAAAUUCCACUGCCGUUGUCAGUUCUGAUAAACAGGAUGCUGCUUCUGGUGUUUCCUAUAAAGUUUUUGAGAACGACAGAAAGUUGAAGUUUGCUCAGAUCUGUUACGGUUAUGAAAUAGUGUGGAACAAUCGGCAUCCAGACUACAAUAUAAACGCGAAAAAAGACCCUGCCUGGGAUGAAAUUGCACAACAAAUGGAGAUAACCCGUGCCGAAGCGAGAUAUCAGUGGAGCCGGUUGCGGGGCGUCUAUCGUGGUCGUCGUUUGCGCUUGCUGGAUGGUUCGAUUGCCCUCGACGAUCCCAUUUUAAAUGAUCCUCUUUACAAACUGUUGGAAGAUAUGUUAGGCGAGAAUAUGCAGAUUGGUCAGAAAAGUGGAACCAUUAUGUCGGCUCAACAACAUGCCCAACAUGGACCGUUUGAAAGCAUUGAACGUCAGAUCGAACUGCUUGAAGAGAUAUCGCAGCGUGAGAUCAUUUGGAAUGGAGACCACCCUGAUAAUCGUAAAGUGGGAAUGCGCACUGGCGCAUGGAACGAAGUAGCAGCAAAGUUUGACGUAAAUCCGUUGGUCGUGAAAUCCGAAUGGAAACGUCUUAAGGACGUCCACUCUUGCCGGGAAGAUCAGACAUCACCGCAGAAUGCACAUGAUGCAAACGACCAACGAUUGCUGGCACUCAUAAAACGCUUAGUACCGGUAUCGGAGACGGCACCAGUAAAACCACCAGAAAAGCCACUCAUCGAAGGCAAACGGAGAAGGUCGAAACUGGUAACGGAACCGAAACGGAGAUUUCGCGGCAAAAAGACUUACGACAGUGUAGGGUGUGUUAAGAUGGAUCGCAAUGGAACGAUGAGACAUCACAAAAUUUGCGAAUUGUGCGGCAAACUGGUCGAGCGAUCCCUGUUCGAGUAUCACAUGAAUCAGCACAACGGCAUUCGACCGUACGCGUGUUCCUUCGAAGGCUGCGAUAAGCAGUACAGCAACAAGAUCACCCGCGAUCGGCAUGAAGUGAUGGUGCACGUUGAAGAUGGCUUCAAGUUCGAGUGCGAUCAGUGCGGGGCUAAGUUUAAACAGAGAGCCAGAUUCGAAUUUCACUACGCUAUCAAACACAAAAGUGAUGAAGUUCCGUGUGAUAUUUGUGGGAAAAUAUUGAAACAUCGGCACCUACUGCGGAAGCACAAAGAGUUACACACAAGUAGUUUUACGUGCAAAGUUUGCGGCAAGGUGUUGCAGAAGAAAUGGUCCCUACACGUGCAUAUGCGGGUUCACACCCAGGAAAAACCGUUCCCAUGCGAACUGUGCGAACUGCGCUUUAUGCUUAAGGUGCAAAUGAAAACACAUUUGCUGAAGGUACAUGGCGUUCUGCUCGAAGAUAUAGAGGCGGCUAAGGCCAACAUCAAAAAUGCGGUUUAAUCGAAGAAAGUAUUA